AUGGACCACCUCUGCGGAACCUGCUCGCUCGCCAUCGUCCCCCCGGCCAAACCCACCGCGCCGUGCAGCGGUCCGUGCGGCCGUCGCUUUCACCCGGACUGCGCCGGGCUCAACUCGCUAACGGCCGACGUGCUCACUUCCGGCGCGGAUCGCGGCCUGCUUUGGUACUGCGCGGAGUGCCGCGGUCCGGGUGCGGUUUGGCCUCCGGUUUUCAAGCUACUCAACGGGACGGAGUUGCUGGCCGUUCGGCGGGUUUGUCGCCGCUGGCGGGACCUGGUGGACGAUUGUGCGGAGUUGCUGGAACGGAUUCCGGUGCGCUUUCCGGAGCGCACGUGGAUCGAUGAGGAGUACCGGCCGCGGGAUUUGCCCCGGAAGGCGCGGAUCGUGUCGAUGCGGCACUGUAUCGUGAACGGGAUUGGGGGGUGGUGGGCCGGGGGGUUUGCUGAGCGGUUGUACAAUCUGCAGCUGGUGGGUUGCCAGGUGCGUCAUCCGGUGCUGGUGGAGAUGCUGCGGCACAUGCCGAACCUGUUUCUGCUGCACAUGUACUCCGAGGUGGACGUUCGGCCAGAAGAUGACUUGGGGCAGGUGAGGGUCCGGUUGCCGGGUUUGAAGCAGUUGGCGGUUCAUCAUGUUCCGUGGGAGGGAUUGAUGGCGCUCGAUGCCCCGCUGGAGACGCUGAUCCAGGAUGGUCCCAUGUGGAAGCAGAAUGUCUUCAAUGGGUUGUUGAAGGCCGUGCAAGGCACGCUGAAGGUUCUUCAGUGGGGUUUGAAUGCCGAAGUGAUGGAGGUCAUAUCCACGCUGGAUCGACUCCGGCUGAAAACGGCCAUGCCCUUCAACAUGUGCUUCUCGAAGGAAGAGGAACCGCUGAUUUUGAGGUUGACCCGCGCCCAACCAAGCAUCGAGGAACUUAAAAUUAGACUUUCCCGGCUUUCAACCGUGGCCCUCUGCGAGGUUGGUCGCAAUCUCCCCAAGCUGACCGAACUCUCCGUCUCCGUUAACGACGAUUCCAAAGUCUCCGCUCCUUCGUUCCUAGAGUUCAUGCCUGGGCUGAAGGAUCUGUACCUUAACUACUCCACCAACUCGCGCGAGGUCAUCUUCAACGGCUACAAAUGCGCUCACCUGGAAAAGCUUGACCUGCAGUUCAACCUCUUCCUCAGUCAAAACCCCCCUCACCAGGUCCACUUAAAGCAGUUCCUGAACAACUGCCCCGUCCUCCGUCGCCUAAAGCUCACCGUGUGCGCCCUCAACAGCUGGUCCGACGUCCUAACCUUCGCCCUGCAACCACAAUCCCCCCUGCGCCACCUCACCCUGAACGCCGUCCGAGCCCUGGACCGUGCCGACCUCCGACCACCCGGACCCGGAUCUCAUCUGCGCUGUCUCCGCCUCUCCGAGUGCGACAUGACCUCCGAGGACCUCACCCGCCUCUUCACCGCCUGCCCCCAACUGACCGAGCUUCGUCUGGCCAAGAUGGCCACCGUAACGGGGGCCACCCUCGGGAGUCUGUCCCCGUGGCUGGAGCGCAUCACCCUGACCGAAUGCAGCCACGUUACGGACCAGGCGGUCGUUCUGCUCGCAACCCGUUGCCAGCGCGCGCUCAAACAGUUGACGCUGGUGGACUGCGAGCUGGUCACGGCGGCCACGCAGGCGGCCCUCGGCUCGUACCGGGGACUGCAGGUGCGCAUUCAGCGCAGCCCGAAGAUGCCCGCGUGGGUGCCGCGCCCGGUGGACUAUCCGUGCUAGGUUUGUCGUUGAAAAAUUGUAGUAGGCGAUGCACCAGAAACUCAUUCUGACAGUCCACAAAGUCGGACGCAUUAUUCAAUAAACGCUCUAGUCUAGUAACGAAACA